UUGGAUCUCAGAAGAGUCCCCGAUCUUCAGUCGGUUUGUUGUUGGUCCAUUUUCCGUUUCUCGCUGUUUGCUCUACAUACAGUCUAUGGCUCUGUCACAUUUAAAGGGCGGCGUCCUCUCCGAUGACCCACACGGUGCCGCGUCAGAACAGACACGCCCCAUGACGUGGAGCGGAACCAGAAGUUUGCGCACUGUAACUCGAGCCGGGCUCUGCCCGAACCCGUCAACAAAUUAAGAUCCCGAACGUCCCCGACCCACGGAGCGGUUCCUCCUCCCCACUCAACUCCGGGCGAGAUGGAGCCUUCAUCAGGCGGGGGCGGGACCACCUUUCAGCCUCUGGUGGUGCUGGAGCUGGCCUCCACCACGCCGGAGGAGGCCGUCGGCUGGCUGCUGAGCAGGAUACGGGAGCGCCAGCAGAACGGAGGUGCUGAGUUGCUGGUGGAGCAGUUGAGUCUGGGAGCAGCGGAAGGUGGAGAAAAGAACAACCAGAACCUGUUUGUGGUGGGGGCGUCCUGGCAGAGGCUGCUUCAUGGUGCGGAAGAGUCUGGCCUCUUUAAGGAGUACAGUGACGGCUCCAUGAGGGGGUUCACCUGUGCCAACAAGCACAAGUUCAAGGGCUUCACAGGUUCUGGAGAUGGCUUCCUCAGCAUGGCCGAGUGUCAGUACAUCAUCAAACACCAGCUGGAAGCUCUGCGAGCCAAAGAGGAAACUCAUGUUCCGGGGUUCAGCCAAGCCAAGCUAUACCCGGGCAAAUCCAUCAUUCGCAGACUGCAGUCCAAAGGAAUCCUGGUGCAGAUGUUUCCCCUUCAUGACAAAGAAGAGCUAAAGAGACUUUCCUUCUCCUGGUAUCAAAGGGUCCGACUGUCCCUCCAGCCUCUGGAUGCUAUCAGGGAUUACUUCGGGGAGGGGCAGGCGCUGUACUUUGGUUUUCUGGAGUACUUCACCAUCGCGCUGCUCCCCAUGGCCGUCCUGGGCGUGCCGUACUACCUGUUUGACUGGGAGGACUACGACAAAUAUGUCUUGCUUGCUGUUUUCAACCUGGUGUGGUGCACAGUUCUGCUGGAGGUUUGGAAGAGGUACAGCGCCGCCUUAGCCUACCACUGGGGCACCCUGAGCAGGAAGAAAGCCUUUGAAGAACCGCGGCCCGGCUUUCACGGCGUCCUGGGGUUGAACCCCGUCACGGGCCGCGAGGAGCCCGUCUUUCCCAGCGUCAGCCGCCAGCUGCGGAUCUACCUGGUGUCUCUGCCCUUCGUGCUGCUCUGCCUCUACCUGUCUCUGUACGUCAUGAUGAUCUACUUCCAGCUGGAGGGGUGGGUGCUCUCAGUCCACGACGAGGGGCCCACCCUGUGGACGGAGGUGCUCACGUACAUCCCCAGUGUCGUGUACGCGGUGGUGAUCGAGGCCAUGAACCUGGCGUACAGAUAUGCUGCUGAGUUCCUCACUGAGUGGGAAAACCACAGACGGGAAUCUUCAUACCAGAAUCAUUUGGUCCUUAAAGUAUUGGUUUUUAACUUCUUCAACUGUUUCGCCUCACUGUUCUACAUCGCCUUUGUCAUGCAGGACAUGCUGCUGCUCAGACAGAGUCUGGCCACCUUGCUAAUCACCAGUCAGAUUCUCAACCAGCUCAUGGAGGCCUUCUUGCCUUAUUGGCUUCAGAGACGACGCAACAAAAAAAUGAUUCGCAAAGUUCUAAAGCGAAGAGCCAUCGAGGAGAAAGAGCUUCCACUAGCAGAGCAGGUCCGACUGGAGGCUGAUAUGAGCACAUACUUGGGGACAUUUGAUGACUAUUUGGAGCUUUUCCUCUUGUUUGGAUACGUCAGCCUGUUCUCCUGCAUAUUCCCUCUGGCUGCUGUGCUGGUGGUGCUGAACAACAUCACCGAGGUCUAUUCUGACGCCUUCAAGAUGUGUAAACUGUUCAAACGGCCUUUCGCCGACCCCGCUGGAAACAUAGGAGUCUGGCAGCUCGCCUUUGAGACCAUCAGUGUGAUUGCUGUUGUCACCAACUGUGCACUGAUCGGAAUGUCCCCACAAGUCAAAGUGUACUUCCCUGAGUCAGCCACGCAGCUCAUACUGUGGACCGUGACUGCUGAGCAUCUUCUGCUGGGGUUCAAAUUCAUCCUGGCCUUCCUCAUCCCUGAUGUCCCCAAACACAUUCGGGUCAAACUGGCCCGCAUAGAGUUUGAGUCUCUGGAGGCUCUCAAGAAAAAGAAAAUCCUGGAGGCCUCUAAGCCUGAUGCUGAGUAAAGAGCGGUGGGGGGGGCUCUCGUCUAGGUUGAGGAAUCACACCAACUGAAAGGCGUCGGCUCUGACUGAGCUCCACCCAUCCAGGAGUUUGGGACAAAUGUUCUCGCUAUGUUUCAUGAAGAGGAUGGAGGGGUUUAUUUGCUGUUACUUUACUGCAUGGCUGCUGCUGGUGGAGGGGAGGGGCACAGUAACUAAAUGAAAUCCAUUUCUGGUUGAAGUUGACUGUAAAGUGGGGGAGGUGAGGCCCGUGUUUCACCACGAUGGACCGGGAACCUGCUGGACUGAUGAGUCAGCAGAAGCAAGCCGCCAUCGAGCAGAGAAGCCUUAUACUCUGAACACUCCUGCACCACUGAAGCUCCUGCAACUCUCUGAAGGUUCUCCAGACCUCACCUGUGAGGGGGGUCAUUCUACAGUAUGAGCGUAGUAUCAAUAAAGCUGAAGUCUUCUUCAGGA